AUGCAUGAUGGGAAAGAACUGGCGGAACUCAAGAAGGAAAGAGGAAAUCAGCUAUACAAAACCGGGAGAUAUCAACAAGCAGUUCAUCUCUAUACGGAAGCUAUUAAAUUGUGUCCUGACUCAUCAACAUAUUAUGGAAAUCGUUCUGCUUGCUACAUAAAUCUAUAUCAGUAUAAAGCUGCUCUGGAGGACGCCAGAAAAGCAGUAGCUCUGGAUCCUAGCUUUUUAAAGGGAUACAUGCGAAUUGCAAAAUGUAAUUUUGCUCUAGGUGAUCUGACAGCAGUAAACAGUGUACUUUCCACUGUAAGAGAAUUCAGUCUUGAUAACUCCGCUAUUCUACCAGAGGUUCAGAGACUUGAGGAUUUAAUAAGGUUUGAUAAGGAAGGGACUGCAGCAUGCAAAGAGCAAGACUACAUAAAGGCUUUAUUUUGUACGGAUCAAAUCCUUGAGCAGAUUCCAUGUACUAGAUACAAAGUGCAGAAGGCUGGAUGCUUAAUAUUACUUGGACGGUGUCAGGAAGCGCGAGAUGUUGCAAAUGACAUUCUUCGUCUUGAAGAAAAGAACGCGGAUGCAAUUUACGUGCGGGGAAUGAGCUUCUAUUACCAGGAUAACAUAGAACAAGCCUUUUGCCACUUCGAAUAUGCUUUACGACUUGCACCAAACCAUCAAAGGGCAAUGAACAUUUAUAAUCAAGCGAAGGCUUUAGUACAGAGAAAGGAAGAAGGGGAUAAGGCCUGCUCACAAGGUAGAUACAAGGAAGCUUACGACCUCUACACCAAAGCACUGCAGAUUCAACCAAAUAAUAAUUCAGCAAACACCAAAAUAUUCGUCAGUAGGGCAAUUGUUUGUUCAAAGUUGGGCCGCUUUAAUGAAGCAGUGGAUGAUUGCUCCAGUGCGCUGAAAUGUGAUGAAAAUAACCGGAAGGCACUGUUACAGAGAGCAAAAUGUUACAUGGAACUCAAAGAUUUUAACAAAGCUGUAAGUGAUUAUGAAAAAGCAUUUAAAAUUGAUAAAAGUCGAGAGAGCUUAAGACUUCUCGAAAAUGCAAAGCUAGCCUUAGAAAAAUCAAAAUGUAAUAAUUACUCGUAUUACCUGGUUUUCGAUGUAGAUAAGAAUGCAUCUUUAAAGGAAAUCAAGAAAGCAUACAAAAGGAAGGCACUUGAACACCACCCUGAUCGCCAUGCAAAUGCGACUGAUGACGAAAGAAGAGAACAUGAGAAGAAGUUUAAGGAAAUUGCAGAAGCAUACGCAGUACUAUCGGACACGAGGAAGAGAGCAUGUUACGACAUGAGCCUGUAA